AUGAGGCUCCUUCUUUCCUCGUUGAUUGCUUUAUGCAUUACAGCAUGGGCUGCACCGGUCCUCCAGGGCACGUCUGAGCUCGCAGUCCGCGACUUUUGGCCGCGUGCGCCACAUGACAUAGACCUGACACUUGACGGUCAGAAGUACAAGGUGCGGAAGAACGAAUUGCAAGGCGUGCACGGCGUCGUCUAUCAAGUCGUCGAGGGCAAAUUUAAGGGCGGCUACGCAAAGACGAAGAUUUCGGACGACGAAAUCCAUGCGACUUCCGACGUCGGCGCUCUGUGGAAGUUCGGUUUCGACGAACACCACGAGAAGUGAAUCAUCGUGAAGCCAUCCCCAGGCAAACGGCUCGAUCAAACGGCCGCGUAUGCGCAUGUGCGACACAACACGCAGCAAUGUUGGGCGCUGCUGGACCGCGUCGUCGACGUCGCGACGGACGCAAUCAUGGAGACUUACCACCGCACUCACUGGCUUCACCAAGACCCCG